ACACUGCAGGACUCGGCAGCAGCAGCAGCAGCAACUCUCCAGCCGUAGUAGUAAACUCUCUAACGGUCGGCCCCCUUUUUCUAAACCGAAAAGCCUGGUUUUAAAAAGUUGAUAAAUGACGGAGGACUUAACGGAAACCGGCCGCGCUCCCUGAAAUCCUCAUUCGGAUUUUCGCGGAGUAUAAAGGAGAGACUUUGUUUUCGGAUGAAGCAACCGAGAAAUGCCAGUGGAAAUGCUACAUCCGAAUCCAAUGCCUCCUUAGGUUUGACACCGAUCCAAACCCAUACGUUUGUGUGGAUCUGUUGAGAGAGCUUGGCCAGCGUCGGAGCCCAGCGAUGUGGAGCUGCAUGCUUUACAAUGAGACGGACACCAUUGUGGACUUCCAGCUCUGCCAGGAUUUGGGCCUUAUCCUGUCAGUCCUCUCCCUCAUCUACCUCCUGGUCUGCUUCCCUUUGGGGCUGUGCUAUAACGUGCUGCUAGUGGUUGUGAACCUCUCCAACAAGGUCUCCAUGACCAUGCCGGAUGUCUAUUUUGUCAACAUGGCCAUCGCGGGACUUGUCCUCAACCUGAUGGCACCAGUGGAGCUCCUCGGCUCAACGUUCACCCGCUGGCACGCAUGGGAAUGUAAUGACGAGGUCCACAUCACUCUGCUCAUCCUCUUCAACAUCUCUUCUCUUGUCAUCAUGUAUUCCACCACCCUGCUGAGCCUGGACUACUAUAUAGAGCGGGCGCUGCCUCGAACCUACAUGUCCAGCGUUUACAACACCAAGCAUGUCUGCGGGUUCAUUUGGGGCGGCGCGGUGCUGACUAGCUUCUCCUCGCUUCUCUUCUAUGUGUGCAAUCACAUCCCUACUAAGAUGGUUGAGUGCUCCAAGAUGCAGAACAAGGAGGCCGCCGACGCCAUCAUGAUGUUCAUCGGUUACGUGGUUCCAGCCGUGGCCGUGCUUUACGCUUUUGUGCUCAUUUUACGCAUCAGGAAAGAGUCCACCCCUCUGGAUCAGGAUUCUGCUCGCUUGGACCCGUCUAUACACCGGCUGCUGCUAGCCUCAGUGUGUGUGCAGUUUGUCCUGUGGACCCCAUACUACAUGACCCUUUUGGUGCACACCAUAGCAGGUGCCCCGGGGCAUAUGAGCAGCAGGUAUUACUUGGCUUCCUUUGACUUCAUGAAGUGUGUAUCUAAGCUGCUGGCGUUCUCCAGCAGCUUCGCCAUGCCUCUCAUGUACAGACAGAUGAACAAAAACUUCUCCGGCAAGCUUCAUCGGCUGCUCAGGAGGCUGCGUUGCAGGGAGCAGUCCUGCCCUCAUGAACACUCAGCAGUGCAGCAAGUGGUGACGUGAAACGUCACGUCGGGAUAUCAAACACACACACACCUCUCUUUUCCAGUUAUUGGCCCAGCCAGCACUUAUCUCGCCUCACUGCUCCACUCCUGCAGAACCAGCAUGUGACUGGGCUUCCCCGAGGAUCUGGGCUGUAUGUGGAGCGCUAUUUCCUGUCCCUGUCCAGAACUUGAUCUUAUCCAUCUGUGACGGUCAAAAUCAAGGACGUUUAAGAAACGAAAAAAAAAAUUAAGUGCUGCUUUUAGUCAGAGAGGAGAUCCUUGUGGUAGUUUAGGUUCGUACAAUCAUCUGAUCUCAGCCAAGUUAGUUUAAUCGAAGCAUCAAUGUAAAGCUACUUUCAAGCAGCAUACUGAUCACAGUUUGUCUCUAUGUGUCAAUUAGGAGAUUUUACUUACACACCACUACCUAAAUUUAAUCGUGUGACUCAUAAUAAUUUUUUUGUAGCAUUGAAGCUUUUUUUUUUCUAACACACCAGCUAAACCAAUGAGCUUUAAACGCUAAAAAUAGGAAAAAUAGAGAUGCAUUGAUCAGACCUUUUGUGGUUCAUACUUUUUUCUGAUGCUGUCUGAUUCUUAUUUUGUUUUUGUUUUAUUUUCAUUCAAGUAAAUAUAAAGGUAAAUCUCAGAUUCGUUAGCGUUUAUAGGAUACAGUUAUACAUCAAGUCAGAUGUUAUUAACCUGUAUGUGAUUUUAAUAACACUUUAAUAACAUGCAUCAUAAAAAAAACUGAAUCACACACCACCAAUAUUUGAAGUUCUUUGUUUUGACGCAUCUAAUGUAUGAAAAUAAAUGUUUUUAGCCUUUGAUCUGCCAAUCAGGACUAAAUAGAUUUCUGGGUGACUGAUUAGUGCAUCUCUAUGAAAUGGUGCUUUUUUAGUGCUUCAUACAAAUGUUUAAUGUUACAGUUCAGGAUUUCUGAUCAUAAAGUUGACUAAUCCUCAUAUUUCUUAAGGAAAAGAAUCAUAUUAUUUUGUAGAAUCUGUUAACCAGCAGCAGAUCCAGUUUGCAGCGAUGAGUAUUGUAAUGAAGACAUGUCCACUGAUUCCUUUCCACAGAGAGAUUAUUCAUGCAUGUGCCGAGCUCCUCAGCACAUUUCCUACUGUAGAUUUAUUGGAACCCUCACCACCUUAAAAUCGCACUUGACAGAUAGAAGUGAAGCUUGUAUUCAGGGCUCAACAUAACCGGCGUACCUCUUACUUCUCUGCUGAAACAUUCUCGUUAAUCAUAAGCAGCUCCAAUGAGCUCUUUAACCUGAGCUUGACCGCCCAGCCUCAGAUUUUUCUCAGAGUUGUGUUUCACCUCCGCGGGUAUUCUGUAUGCUGAGUUUCACACAGGUUCAGCAACGUCCAUGCAAAGUGUUGUAAGCAAACACAAGCGGUUUGGAGGUUUUUUGGUGAGUGGAAACUUUCUUACUCUCUGGAUCAUAGGAGGAAGAAAAAAAUCUGGAAAUAAGGAAAGAACUUGCAGAUCGAAAACACCGGUUUUAUUAUGCAACUUUGAGACAUGAACCAUAAUGCUGCUCAGAUACAUUUAAGCUACUUCGCUUUUUGUCUGCCAAUUAUUUAAAAGAGUAUAUAUUGUUGAGCUCUUCCUAUUAAAUGCUAAAUAAAAAGGUUACAAAAUCACACUUUGUUU